AUGACCAGUUCGAUAGCUUCGAACCCAUCAACUUUGUUGCCUUUGGAAUUAGUAGAUAAAUGCAUUGGGUCCAGGAUAUGGGUGAUAAUGAAAGGUGAAAAGGAGAUUGUUGGAACUCUCAUGGGAUUUGACGAUUAUGUGAAUAUGGUAUUGGAAGAUGUCGUUGAAUAUGAAAACACGGUAGACGGCAAAAGAGUCACAAAAUUGGAUACGAUCUUGUUAAAUGGUAAUCAUAUAACUAUGCUUGUGCCCGGUGGGGAAGGUCCAGAUGUUUAA